GAUUGUUGUUUUCGUCAAGAUGGAGUUCUUGUUGGGGAAUCCGUACAGCACUCCCGUUGGCCAGUGCAUUGAAAAAGCCACAGAAGGCUCCCUGCAGAAUGAAGACUGGACACUCAACAUGGAGAUCUGUGAUAUCAUUAAUGAGACUGAGGAAGGGCCCAAAGAUGCCAUGCGUGCGGUGAAGAAGAGACUCAACGGCAACAGAAACUUCCGGGAAGUGAUGCUGGCUCUCACUGUUCUGGAGACUUGUGUGAAAAACUGCGGACACCGUUUUCACGUCCUUGUUGCCAACAGAGACUUUAUUGAAGGUGUCCUGGUGAAGAUCAUAUCUCCUAAGACCAACCCCCCUGCCAUAGUACAAGACAAAGUGCUAUCACUGAUUCAGGCUUGGGCAGAUGCUUUCAGGAGUAGCCCAGACCUCACAGGAGUCGUACAUAUUUAUGAGGAGCUAAAGAGGAAAGGAAUUGAGUUUCCCAUGGCAGAUCUGGACGCUCUGUCACCAAUCCACACACCUCAACGGGGCGUACCCGAGGUGGAUCCAGGCACACACAAGUACUGUGCGCCCUCCAAGCCCAAGACAGCAUCUCAGACGGCUCCUAAUCCUCCUGCUGCGACCCAAAACCUUGACCCAACCCAGAUCCCAACUGUAUCGGGUCCCAUUACAGCAAACCCAGAGCAGAUCGCGAGGCUGAGAAGUGAGCUGGAUAUUGUGCGUGGGAACAUUAAAGUGAUGUCAGAGAUGCUGACAGAGAUGGUGCCGGGCCAAGAGGACACUUCUGAUCUUGAACUACUCCAGGAGUUGAACCGGACGUGUCGAGCCAUGCAGCACAGGGUAGUAGAGCUCAUCUCUCGCGUUGCAAACGAGGAGGUCACCGAAGAGCUGCUGCAUGUCAAUGAUGAUUUAAACAACAUCUUCCUGCGCUACGAGAGGUAUGAGAGAUACAGAGUAGGCAGAGCGGCACAAAACAACGGGGUCCUGAAUGAGGCAUCAGAAGAGGAUAAUCUGAUAGAUCUGGGUCCUGGUUCUCCUGCAGUGGUCAGUCCUCGAGUCAGUUCUGCACCCACACAUACACCAGAAGCCACUGUGCAGCCUCCUACUGCUGCUGCUGCUGUUGCAAGCACUGCCUCCCUCUCCACACAGCUGGCAGGACUUGAUGUGGGUGCAGACAGUGUUAGCGGCACUCUUGGCUCUCUCGCUGCUCACAACCCUCAGGACGACUUUGACAUGUUCGCCAACACCAGGUCCAGCUCUCUGGCAGACCAGCGCAAAAAUGUUAAAUACGAGGAUCCUCAGGCUCUGGUUGGCCUAGCAUCUGCUUUAGACAUCAGACAGCAGAAUGCCACUGGGCUGAGUGUAAAAGAUCCUAAAGCAGAGUUGGAGCCCAUAGACAGCUGGCUCAUUACCCAAGGAAUGAUCCCUGUAUCGCAGUCCUCUGUCAUGGAUGACAUUGAGGAGUGGCUCUGUGCUGAUGUGAAAGGAGAAGAGGCUGAAGAAGGAGUCAUGAGUGAAGAGUUCAACAAGUUCUUGGAGGAGCGGGCCAAAGCUGCUGACAAGGCCUUACCACUGGCUCCCAGUGGAGAUCCCAGACCUCCCGUGAGUGCGCCUAACAGCAGCCGCAAGAAGUCGGAACGGACAGAGGACAAUCUCUUUGCUUUGUAGAACAUUGACGGGAGAGAUGCUCUUCGCUGGAGGCUGAGCUUCACCACAGUGACCGCAAGCAUGUUCCCUCCAGCUUCACCUUCCACCUAUUUGAAUGCUUUUCUUGCCUAUUCUGAUGUUAUACAGCAGCAAGUCUCCCGUCUAAUAUCCCCCAUCCCCUACUGCAGCAUAGCUAAUAGAGCACUGUGAAAUCAGGCUACCACUUGAUUACGACUGUAACCGUUACCUUCAAAGAGCUGGAAGGGAUAGUUGAGUGAGGACAACAAAGAAUAUGUAGCUGAAAAGUUGUUGAAAAGAGGUUGAGAUUGGUAAAUGCGUUGCUUUAAGCUCAGUUGUUUAAUUCCUGCUCAAAAACAAAUCGAAUAGUGCUGUUUUGUUUAUAUUUAUUGUGUUCAUUAAUUAACUAAUGGUCUCAAAAGUUGGCAUUUCAUGAGGUGCACGUUCCGACGAGGCUAAAUCCUGUGAGCUGAUUUAUCUGUAGCAGUUAGGUGAGGUGUUGAAUCAAAUAUGGAUUGUGACUAAACCUGUCCCGGUGGUAAAUGGAGCAUCAGAUCCUAAUCAAGUGAAGGAGCACAGAGACAACUAUACCAAGCGUGAGAGAAAGUCAAAAAGAUAAGUCUGCACAUGGUCUGCUCUUCGAGAUUAGCUGUAUCAUGUAUGAAUAUGAGUGUCUGAUGAAGGAAAAUGGGUGCAUUCGACAUUAUGUGCGAAAAACCAAAGACCGUUUAGAGUAAACAUGUUUUCAAUGAACAACGUUUUUGUAAAGAAUUUGUUCACUCUUUUUCCCAAAGUGGUUUUAUCCAAGCCAUUGUAAAGGCUUGGGUUCACUUUGGUUUUCCAUGUGCUGGUAUGUCUUGCGCACGGUCAAGCACUCACCUUUCAAAGUAUACUUGAAUGACAUAGGAAUGCUUUGGAUGCAUGAGCACUAUGAAUGUUUUGUGAUGCUUUUUUAGCAUAAUCAAUGCCAUGCGCAUGCACUAAAUAUGCCCACAGCAGAGGAAUGUUCGCGCUUACUAUGCUAAUGAAAAAUGGAUAAUAAGUAAAUUUGCGGUCACAGUAUGCUUGCAAUGUAGACGAUAUGAUGUCACACUCGAGGACUUCUGGUUUUACCUGAUAAUAAAGCACAGAUAACAAAUAAUAUUAUAUUAAAAUGUUAAAAUAUUUGAUCUACUUGCUUUACAGUAACAAUAAAAACAUACACCUUUGAAAGAUGUUAUCUUUGUAUCGAGCCAAGAGGUCCGUGUGUGACGUUUCGAUCUUCUAUUGGCUACAUGUGUUCUUGUCAUUUGAAUUCACAGGUUAGAGUUCACUAAACUGGAACUUUUGUACCGGCCCGUGGAAAAUAGAAUUAUUCUUUGGACUUUCGUUGAUUAGGGCUUUUGGAUCUUGCGUGACUCCCACGUUCGGAUGCAUAUAAGUGGGAGUGAAUGGAGUGCGAUGUGUAGUGUGCCUGCAGAUUUAAGUGCAUUGUGCGUGAGACGUACCGGCAUGCAGAAAACCGAAGUAUGCUUUGAACUUUCGUUGAUUAAGACUUUCGUUGGUCUCCUGUUUUCAGGUGUGUCUAAAUGGGAGGGAAUGGAGCACAAAGUGUAGUGUGCCUGCAAAUUUAUGUGCAUUGGGCCUCAUGCAUGAAACAUGAGCAGAACAAAUUUUUGUAUAAAUCGUUCAUAAAGCCGUUCUGAAAUAAAUUCACGAGUUCAUUGAUGUUUUCUUAUUUUCAAAAUGUUAGUUGGUACGAAAGAAGUUUUCACCUGCUCCCGACCAUGUGAAAAAUCGUGUGUAAGACAUCCAAAAUUGUUGUGUUCUUUCAGGCAAACUGUCAUGACUACAUUAUGAUAGUAGUGAAAUUAAAAAGUAAUGAAAAAAGUAACAAAUAUUGAAAUGAUUUUUUCCCAACUACUUAUCAUUUUUCCAGCAGAAGUGCUUGAUGCCCACUAAUGUUGGACAGUUUUUUUAUUUGAUAUGAGCUCUAGAAUUUAGGGUUCAUAAUUUAGUAUAAGCAUUGGUACAUCGCGUUCAGUUGAUAAUGUAUGAUCAAUGCUAAUGCUGUUAAAUCCAUAAAUAAACAUAUUGCGGGCAGGUGCGUACACAGAACAAAUGGGAAAAAAAUAGAAUGUAGUCAUAUAGCUUGCAAAUCUGUAAUAUCUUAAAGCGUUUCAGUCAAAGAUCUUCUUCAGGAAUUCUAAUAAUUUCUCUAGAUACUUCCAGUUGUAAGUAUAUCACUGUUACCAUCACGAUUUACCGGAGACGUUUCACAAAUGAUGCUGGAGAUGCGCUGCGAACUGAACCAGAGAAGGUUAAUAGUGGUGGACAUCCUGCCGGCAUGAACUGAACAUUUCUUACGGUCAUGUCAAAUUUUCUUUUUGACUUUUUGACAAAAGAGCCUCUGAUGACUAUUGUGCUUGCUAAAUAAAAAUUUUACGAUGUGAAUGCACAUCAUUGAUAAAAAGGAUUUCAUUACUGUUCCGCAUAGAUGUUAAAAGCAUUUACAAGCGAGUCUGGUAACUUCCUUUUAUGGCGUUUUCGUGGCCGUGGAUGUGCAUAUACCCCCUCUUUAGGAAUGUUUGGAAUUCACAACAUACACACGUUUUACUAACAAAUCUGGUGAGUACAAAGCGUUUGUGAAUCUACUCAUGUAUUUAUGAAAGUUUCAUGAAUGAGGCCCAUUGUGCGUGAGAUAUAUUGGCAUGCGGUAAACCAGUUUAUCUCUGAUUUUCGUUAAUUCUGACUUUAGAACUUGCCUUUACAGUCUCCUGGGUUCAGAUGAAUGGGAGUGAAUUGAGCGCAAAGUCUAGUGUGACCGCACCUAUACACGCACUGUGCGCAAGACUUACCGCCACGUGGAAAAACAAAAGUAUACUUUGUCCCUAACCUCUUUGAGUUAAGUGAUUUGAAGCAUUGUUUUUGAAAGAUGUCCAUUUUGAAAUUACAGUGAUCCUAAAAUUUAAGAUAUUUGUUUCGGAAAAAAAAGUAUUUCGAUAUUGUACAUUUUUAAUGUUCACCCUUAAGGAGUGUUCACACUGACAGCAGCGAAAAACUGUUUGUAAAUCUUUCAUUUUCGAUUAGAGUGAGUUGAGGCGACAUGAACGACAGCAACUGUUUGGGAUGCAACAAAAUUGGAUAUACUUUAACUUUAUUCAAAUGAACAGUGAUGUCAUUGCUACUCGUUUAUGCAAAUGAGUAGCCACGACGACUACCAAUGGGAGAGUAGAUAGUGGAACUUGCAUUAUCCGUCACCUUAUACAUUUGUACACUGCAUUUGUACAGUAGGAAUUCCUACAAGCAAUCAUCAGUGACUUGGCGACCUCCAGUAAUUUAAUCGCUGUCAGUUUGAACGCACGCACCUUUGGGAAGAAAAUGAUGUCAGAUUCCUCUAUUAUCUUGCUCAUUUGCAACAAUUGAUUUUAGUAAGUAAAGGGUGAAUCUGCUAAAGCACAUUUAUUAAUGAAAGAUAGUAAAUAGAUGAAAAAUGUUGUUUUGUGCUAUGCUAGACCUAACCAAGAACUAUAUUAGCCUAAUGGCAUUCGUACAUGUAUCCAGAAGUAUACAUACAUGUGUAUAUACAUUGUAAAAGUGUUUAUAGUACUUAAGGUUUGUAUUAAUGUAAAUGUCUCUUUUUUGUGAUUUGUCAUGCAAGAUUAUAGUCCAUGUGAUUUCAGAGCUUUGCAGAAUUGCUCUUCGGUUUCAUUCCAGUCAAUGUACUUUUGAUUUAUUCAUGCUAAAUGUUGCACUGAUAUGUCCCUGACAACAUGAGCUUAAUGUUUGGGGAAGAUGUUCACUUCAAUCUUAUACGUAUAUAAAGUAACUGCAGCUAGAUCAAGCAUGAGGUAUUUUACCCUCAAAGUCCUCAACAUGUUAAAAUCCUAAUGAUCCGAAGACGGGCUUUUCUUUUACUAUGUCGCCAGCUAAAUCAAACCCUUUUUAACCUCCGUCCGUUCCUCAUAAAUCAGUGAAAGCAGCUGUGCGACACUGGAGGAGUUUAUGCUUUAAUUGCAACAUGUUCAGGACAUUAGAUCUUAAUCAAUGAGGACACGUUGGGUUUCUUAGCCAAAGGCCGUUUAAAGAUAUCAUGAACAGUAUUUGUUAUGCCAUCAUAUAAUAAUGAAUAGAUUAAUUUUGAGCUGAAAAACUCAAAUAUCUCAGCCUUCUGCUAAUUACUUGUAAGUAAGAAAGUGUAAUACCUAUUAGUAAUAUCUUGCUUGUUCUAUAAAGAGCUCUGCUUUCAUCUGGUGGCGAUCAUUAUUUGGAUUAUCGGCUUAAAAGAAUGUUGCCAUGUGACAUUAAAAGUCUUAAAUAUUUUGAUUAUUUAUCUUAUAAUAUCUUAAAUGUAUUGAAGGAUAAUGAAGUGUAAUUAAAUUUCCUAUUGUCAGAUUUAUUGUAUUUUAUUAAAGUGAUUAAUUUGCUUAAGGCAAA